CGCCUACGCCGCCGAGGUGGAGCGCUGCAGCCGGCUGAGCACGCGCCUCGGCCUCGGCAUCGCCGCCUUCCAGGGGCUCUCCAACGUGGCGCUCAACGGCAUCGUCCUGGGCACCAUCUUCGUGGGCGGCUCGCUCAUGGCCGGGGACGCGCUCUCGCCCGGGGACCUCAUGUCCUUCCUGGUGGCGGCGCAGACGGUGCAGAGGUCCAUGGCCAACAUCUCCAUCCUCUUCGGGCAGGUGGUGCGCGGCCUCAGCGCCGGCGCCCGCGUGCUGGAGCUGGUGGCGCUGGAGCCGCGCGUGGCGCCGCGGGGCGGCACCCGCAUCCCCGCGCACUCGCUGCUCGGCCGCAUCUGCUUCCACGGCGUCUCCUUCAGCUACCCCAGCCGCCCCGACUGCCCCGUCCUGAGGGAUUUCAGCCUCACGCUGCCGCCCUGCAAGACCGUGGCCAUCGUGGGCCCGUCGGGAGCAGGCAAGUCCACGGUGGCGGCGCUGCUGGAGCGCUUCUACGAGCCCACGCGCGGCUCCAUCACGCUGGACGGGGUCGACGUCUCCUCGCUGGACCCCUCGUGGCUGCGCGGGCGCGUCAUCGGGUUCAUCAGCCAGGAGCCCGUGCUCUUCGGCACCACCAUCAUGGAGAACAUCCGCUUCGGGAAGCCGGACGCCUCCGACGCCGAGGUGUACGCCGCGGCCCGGCUCGCCAACGCCGACGGCUUCAUCCGCGCCUUCCCCCAGGGCUACGACACCGUCGCCGGCACGCACGAGGAGCUGCUGCGGCGCCGCGGGAUCUACGCGGAGCUCGUCCGCAGGCAGACCUCGGCGGCGGGAUGAG